CCCAGCGCCAACUGUAUAUUGCUCCGGCGUUAGCGGCACAGCGGGCAAGCCCGGGCAACACCCGAGACGAAUCGCGGUCGCGCGCGCCGCACCUUGCCGACGAGGAGAGGCUGCCCAUCUGCUGCACGAUGCGCUCCAUCACUCUCGUCGUCGGCGCGCUCGUCGGGACCGCGUCCGCCCAGACGGAGGGCGACGUGAAGCUGGUAAACGGCCGGACGGCGGGGGGGUACGACGGCCUCCUGCAGGUGUACUACAAAGGCGCAUGGAGCUCGGUCUGCAGCGGCCUCGGAGCCUACGGCUCGGGCAGUUAUUUUGAGGACAGCCACGCGACGCUCGUCUGCAAGCAACUCUUCAACACGGACUGGGUUUCGUGGACCGUCGACGAGGGCCACUGCUACACGCCGCUGACCGGCGGCGGCAUCGUCGAGCUGGAGGACCCCUACGUCUACGAUUACUCGACGUACACGUACACGGCGACCACCUACACCACGUUCCUCGAAGCCGUCGAUGGAAGGUCGGGUGGGCCGUCGGCGUGCACCCACGAUGAGGACGUCUCAAUCGUCUGCGGGUUCGACGGAAGCGAAUCCUCGACGGACGCGUCGCUCGACCUCUCGUGCGUCCCGGGAAAUUGCCCCCCCGGCUACAAGGAGUGCGGCAGCGGCUACAACUACUACCCGACGUGUUGCGGCGGCGACUUCCCCGACUGCGACCAGGAUGGGUACUGCACUCGGCUGUCGCGGACCGCGUGGAAAUCGCCCAGUGGGCUUGUCGCGUCGAUGGCGUGGAGCCGAAACCUUUGGUUUCCACACAGGGACGACGACGACGACGACGACGACGACGAUUGGAUAUGUAUGCGCUUUUUUAUUUUUAUUGGAAUGUGGGUCGUCAUCGUCGUGUUGCUUUCAAUAUCCAUCUCCGUCUGCUGCUUCAGCUGCCCCGGCUGCCCGGCGUACCGCUACGGCCCGAAGGACGCCGUGGCCGCGGCCGUGUCCCCCGCGGCGCAGCCCCAGGUGGCGCAGCCCCCCGGCGGCGAGGAUCCCGGGCAGAAAGGCCCCCUAGGGACACUCCCCGCUCCGUAGACGCUCCGUCCUCUUGCUGCUCUGUUCCCCUGGCUCUCCUGCCUCGCGCCGGAACGCCACCUACCUAUCUCCCGAUCCUCAUGCACUUUUGAUCCUCAGUAAUUUCUAGUCACGGAGCCCCUCCCCGG